AAAGGAAAGAAGAGCGCAAAGAUUGAUAGAUUAAGCCUGCAAAUACCAAGAAGAAGAAGACAAAAAAAAUGCGUGGGAGAAUAUCACAAGACACACCUGUAGGAGUUCCAGCCAAAAUGGUGUGGGAAGUGUAUAGAGGGCUUGAACUUUCAAGGCUUGUUGGUGAAUAUCUUGCUGAUGUUAUUGGGAAGCCACAAGUUCUUGAAGGAGAUGGAGGUGUUGGCACACUCAUCAAGCUUAAUUAUCCACCAGGAACUCCUGGAAUCAGAUACAUGAUAGAACGAUUUACAAAGAUCGACCAUGAAAACCGCGUGAAGGUAACAGAGAACGUUGAAGGAGGAUUCAAAGGGCUCGGAUUUGAUUACUACGGUUUUCGCUUGGAGAUCAUAGAGAAAGACAGUGAAUCUGCUAUUAUUAGAUCAUCCAUUGAGUACGACGCUGAUGACAAGCUAGCAGAUGUUGCCGCCUCCAUCACCACCAGGCCAUUAGAGAUUAUAGCAGAAUUUGUCGGCGAACACCUCUCGUAGAAGAAAGGCAGCACUUGAUUUAGAAUCCGCCAUAUCCCUUUUACAUUUUCUUCGUUGCUCUUGAAUAAUACAUACCCAUCAAAACGGGUGUUCUUCGUUGCUCUUGAAUAAUACAUACCCAUCAAAACGGGUGUUCUUCGUUGCUCUUGAAUAAUACAUACCCAUCAAAACGGGUAUUCUUGAAUAAUAUAUACCCAUCAAAACGGGUAUUCUUCGUUGCUCUUGAAUAAUACAUACCCAUCACAACGUAUUUGGGGCCU